ACAAAAAUAAAAAAUGCCAGUAGAUGCUUUGUGCCAUUUCUCUCCUUCCUUUUCCCCACUCACCCACCAACCCCAUUGAGCAACCGUUUGUUUCUUCAGGGCUCUGAGAGGGUCUCCUCUGUUUCUUUCUUCUUAUAUCUUUUUCUCCUUAAUGGAAGGAAUAUAAGCAAAUAUGGCCGACUAUGUUGUUAAUUUCCUCGUGGAGUACUUGUCCCAAAAACUGGAAAAGGAGGCAAAUUUCUUUGGCGGAGUGGAGGAUCAAGUCAAGUCACUCCAUAGGGAGCUUAGACUGAUCAAUAUCUUCCUGGAGAACUCCAGGGGAAAACGGAAUGAGCAUCCAAUAGUGACGGAGGUUGUCCGACAGAUCAGGGAGGUGGCUUACGAGGCUGAGGAUGUUAUCGACAUGUUCAUCCUCAAGGUUGCAGAGCACGGGGAGAGGAGCCGGAUGGGGAGGACAGUUCAUAUCCCCACGCACGCAAAUAUGCUUUGCGAUGUUGGAAAGAAGAUUGCAGGAAUCAAGAAUGAAAUCAAUGAAAUCUACAAUAACAGAGAAAGGUAUGACAUUGAAAGAGCUGAGGAGAGUGUCGAUGCGGCGGCGGUGGAGGCACUACACAGGCGUAGGAGAGAGGUCGAGGAAGAUGACGUGGUGGGUUUCGUUGAUGACUCAUCGACACUGGUGAAGCGACUUAUUGACGGAGAUUGGAACUGUGAUGUCAUUUCGAUCAUUGGCAUGGGUGGGUUAGGGAAGACAACUCUUGCCAGGAAAAUCUACAACGAUGUUCGCGUCAAGAGCCACUUCGAGUGUCGUGCAUGGGUGUAUGUAUCUCAAGAUUUCAGAACCAGGGAGCUCUUGCUUAACAUUUUGAAACAGAUUAAAAUAUCAGAUUGGAGGACACUAGAAGGCAUGGGUGUAAAAGAAUUAAAAGACAAGUUGUUCAAAUGCUUGCUAAGAAAGAAGUACCUAAUAGUAAUGGACGACAUCUGGAAAACUGAAGUAUGGGAUGAGGUAAGAUCUGCUUUUCCCGAUGACUUGAAUGGAAGCAGAAUAUUGAUCACUAGCCGCAUAAGAGAAGUAGCUUCACAUGCAAGCCUUACUCCUCCCUACUUUCUCCCAUUUCUUAACAAAGACGAAAGCUGGGAGCUUUUAAGUAAGAAAGUGUUUCGAGGAGGAGCAUGUCCUCUCGAGUUGGAAACUAUGGGGAGAAAAAUUGCAGAUGAUUGUCGUGGCUUACCACUUUCCAUUGUGGUAUUUGGGGGCCUUUUAGCAAACAAAGAGAAGACACCCGAAAAAUGGUCCACAUUGAUUGGCAAUGUAAACUGGCACCUUACUGAGGCUAGUACAAUAUGCACAGACAUAUUGGCCUUAAGCUACACCCACCUGCCUCGACGCUUGCAACCAUGUUUUUUGUAUUUUGGUGUAUACCCAGAAGACUUUGAGAUCCCUGGAAAGCAACUGAUCCACCUGUGGACAGCCGAGGGAUUCAUACAGCACGCUGGCAAUAGAAGCAUAGAGGAUGUUGCCGAAGACUGCUUGGAGGAGCUCAUCGAUCGAAACUUGAUACAAGUGGCUAGCCGGAGGACAGAUGGAGGCGUAAAGAAAUGCCGCAUUCAUGAUCUUCUGCGAGACCUCUGCAUAUCUGAGAGCAAGGAAGACAAAUUUCUUGAGCUACUCAGAGUCAGAGAUGACAGCCGUUCAUUCCCGAAUAAAUCUCGUAGAGUUUCCGUCCAUGGUAUCUUCCCUCUAAACAUUUUUUCAAACUUCUCUGAUCCUCCAUGUGCCCGUUCUUUGUUGUUCUUUGGCGAUUACGAAAAUAGAGACUGGAAUUUGUUCCUCCAAAACUUUAAGUUGAUACGGGUGCUUAAUUUUGAGUGCAUAGAACUCCACUCCAUUCCCGAAAGCAUAGAAACAAUGAUCCACAUGAGGUACUUGAGGAUAAAUUUAUCUCCUUUCGUAAUGGAUAUUCCUGAUUCCAUUCGUAACCUUACGAAUCUGGAAACACUUUUCAUAUCGGCUUAUCCUGGACGGAGUUAUUCGGUAACUGGGAUAUUUAAGCUACAACGUUUAAGGAAUCUGCAUCUGAAAGGGUUCAAGUCAUUGUCUUGCCGUUUGGAUGAAGUUCUAUGGAACCUCCAAGUCCUUUCCACCGCAACAGGUUUCUAUGGCAGUGAACCAACUUUUCCUUUCGCAAUGGACAAGUUUCCUUGUUUAAGGGAACUAAGGAUACUUAAUAAUUAUUUGUGUGAAAGCGAAGCUGUAAAAUUUUUGGAAGGCCUCCACCAUUUACGUUAUCUUCAAAUAUUGAGAAUCGUGUAUUUCCCAAUGCUUCCUAUUGAUUCGAGUUCAUUUCCAUUUACAAUCACCAAACUAACCUUACUCAGUGUUGGGUUAGGAGUCGGUGGCGGCAUGGCAAUGCUAGGAAACCUUCCCAGUCUUCGGAUACUGAAAAUAAAAUGGUGCAACGAUAUUAUUGAUAUGCACGUCUUUGGAGGUUCAUUUCCUCGACUUGAAGUCCUUCAAUUACAAGAUUUGUUACAAGUUAAAGAAUGGAAACAGGAUGGAAGUGCAAUGCCAUGCCUUAGAUAUUUGGUUAUCAGAAGAUGCCAUUGUUUAACCAUGCUCCCUCCGGAACUAUGGAGUUUGACUGCCUUGCAAAUGGUGGAGGUGGAGGAGUUACUGCUCAACUCAACAUUGCGACGCAUGCUUCAGGAAUUAGAGAUGAAUGUUAGCUGUAAGAUAGUGAUCAAGAAUUUUGCUGUUUCACCGCAUGGACAGAAUUCCCAAAAUUCUCCGUUCAUUUCCCAGUCAUCAACUGAGGGAGCACCAUUCCCAACAACCUAUUCUUCCCAUCUGGACGUACAACCUACAGCAUUGAUUAAUCACCAUGAUGGAAGUCAGGAUAUCCACUGGUGUCCAGAUCCACUUGACAAUGUACUCGAUUUUCCUCAAAAUGUCACAAUUCAGAAUGGUCAGGUGGAAAGCAGUACUGGUGUCAUAACAUCUGAGGACCAUGCUAGGAAAACUGAUCUGCAGUGGGUUGAUGGAUUAAUCUCUGAGAUGGAUCCAGAUUGGAAUGAGCUUCCCAAUGUUAAUGUAUCAGAUCCUGAACAAAAGCAACCCCAGAUCCAUCAGCAGCAUUCUGUACCAUCUGGAGAGUUUCAUGAUGUCACUAAUACAUUGCCCAAUCCACCCCCUGCAAAGUCGCAAAUGCGUUGGACACCAGAACUUCAUGAGGCCUUUGUGGAAGCUGUCAAUCAGCUUGGUGGUGGUGACAGAGCUAAUCCAAAGGGUGUCAAAAAUCUCAUGAAUGUUGAAGGCCUGACCAUCUAUCACGUAAAAAGCCACCUGCAGAAAUAUAGAACAGCCAGAUACAAACCAGAGUCAUCAGAAGGAACUUCUGAGAAAAAAUCAACUCCUAUUGAAGACAUGAAAUCUGUAGACCUAAGAGCGAGUGUGGGAAUCACUGAAGCAUUGCAGUUGCAGAUGGAACUUCAGAAACGGCUUCAUGAACAACUGGAGAUUCUAAGAAAGCUGCAAUUGCAAAUUGAAGAAAAAGGGCAGUAUCUUCAGAAGAUAUUUGAGAAACAGAGAGAGAUGGAAGAUGACAGUAUAAAGGCCUUUGCAUCGAACCCGGAUGAUCCUUCUUUUCCACCAUCAAAUGUGGUGCUUCCAUCCCCUGCUGAUGACAAAUCGGAAACCUCAAAACUGGAUCAAGAUAAAACGGGGGCACAUGAAACCAAAAGUACCGAGGAUCGGGGACCAGCUGACGGGGACUCUAAUGCUCUACCGACGAAAUGAGCAAGAGCAGAUCAAACAGCAACAUCAUCAACCAAAUCUGGAUCUGAUUGAAAUCUUAUACCAUGUCAUUUUGCUUCCCCCUUAGCUGACAGGGUAGGCCUGGAUAGAGGGUUAUUUAUGUGAAGUAGGAUGGAAUAUGCCAUCAGAAACCAGGAGAUGUUUGCGGAGCUUAAGGCAUUAUUGUUGAGUUUUGAUGAUUUAGUCUUCUAGAAACCUGUUUUCUAUCCUUGCUUAGGGGCUAAAGGCAUUGGAAUAUGGCACUUCCAAAACAUGGAUUUGCAGUAUCAAUAUAUAUACUUGUCCCCAAAUAAAAGAAAAAAAGAACUUGCUGCAUGUAUAUGCCUGUGGAUUGGUCUCAUUUUCAGGAACUUUUAGGAGUAUAAUUGUUAUGUCAA